AUGUGUCCUCAACUGAGUACAGUUUCACCCGAACACUCUGAACUUAAGCGUCUCCGUUCACAUGUUAGCCUAAUAACAUGUUUUACACUUUCGAUCUGUUCGGCCGCGUACAUGUACAAACUUCUGGACGAGGCAAUUGCGGAUUUUGAAACUGAACUUCCUAAAAAUGAUGACUUUAGAAAAGAUAUUAAUGAAAAACAAAGUCCAAAAAUUGUUUCCCAACUAAGAGCUGUUUUGGAUCAGCGUGGAGUGCUUUAUUCUUCCCUUGACCUUAAUGAUAUUGAGUUUGCAGUUAACUCGACCGGUUUCGUUACUUCGAGUGAACUUUCAAAUGCCAAAGCCGAGCAGUUGAAGUUUGCAAGCACGAAUUUCUCAAACUCCCCAGAUGCACUUCUGUACAGAAAACUAGUUAAUCCAUUUCAUCAGUCUUUGAAGUUGGAUUACACGUCAUCUAGUUUCAAACCAAAUAGCAUUGUAUUUGACAGUGAAUCUGAAUUUAUUGAACAUGUUGAAGAUAAAAAGGAUAGUGUUUGGCUUUUAGCCGUAGCUGCUCCACAGUCUCUCUCUUCAUCAAUCGCGGGAGAUCAUACGAGCACAACUCCAUCCAGAAUAAAACCUUCAUCAGUUGUUACUGAGCAGAUUUGGUCUGUUUUAUGUUAUCGGUAUCAGUCCUUUGGAUUUAAGAUGGGUUUACUGAACUGUGGAAAACUACACAGCCUUUGUAUUGAUCGUGGCUUCAUUAAUCCUGACCUUAUUCUUGCCUUACCCAAAGGUGGUGAACGUAUGAAAGAUAUAGUACAAUUUCGACCUUUGCCUAAAGAUCCAGAAUCUACAUCAAUUAUUGAUUAUGAAUCAAGUAACUACAUCUUAGAAGGUAUUCACACGUGGAUUGUAUCAGUAUUAGCAGAACGUGUAAAACUACUGAAUAACAUAAACAGCAUUUAUCCAGUGAAUUCAAUAUUAUCGAUUGACCGAUUGAUAAAAAUGGAUUAUUUAAAACAUUUAUUGUCAUUUUGGUUAUUGAAACGGCCUCAACCAAUCCAUGUUCUUUGGUUUCCUGAGUUCUCUGUCAAGUCGAAGUUAAGUCGCUCACAUCAACAACCACCAUUAGUUUUAAGUGCACUUUCUGUAACAUAUACUGGUCGAGUUCGCUUUUGGAUUGUACCGAAUGAAACAGUGAAGCAGAAUCACACAUUAAUUAAUAAUAAAGUUAAUAAUUGGCCAAUUACAGCUUCAUCUGUUAACACAGUAUAUGAAUUGUUAAUCAAUUUAAAUUGUACCAUUAAUUCUCAUUUUCUCAUAUUAACACCUGAAGGUAAAUGUUACUCGUUUGGUUUAAACGAAAGGGAAUAUUUAAGCUAUGAAAAUCUUGAAAUAUUGUUACAUUCUUUAUAUCCUUCGGCGGAUGAUUUUCUUUGGAUUGCUGUACUUUUAACUACAAUUUUAGUCUUAAUUAAUGGUGCUAUAGAAGCUGGUAGAAUUUUAUCUAUUCUCAUAUAUUCAUUUUACGUAAAUCAUGGUGUUGUGGGAAGGCAUCAUACUAGUACUGGUACCCGUCGGUCAGCCUUAGCUAGAACUGUGAUUAGACUAGCACGUCAAGGAUGGACAUCUCAUAUUCCUAAUUUCAAUAUUAAUCAACAUUAUGAAGUUAUUAAUAACAAUAAUAGACCAACUGAUAAUCAUUAUCGUUCAACCGAUGAACGUCGAUUAAUUUAUGGUGAUCAACUGAACAGUUCAUCAUCAAUCAAUAUACAAUCGUUUAUAAUAUCCCAUAUUUUAGAAUGGAUAAAAAUGUUUUUUCUAGACUUGUUCUCAGCUUAUAUUCUUCUUCUGUUAGCUAUUUUACCGUUAUUAAACCUGUUAAGUUUAUCUUAUUCUCUGCCUAUUAUUAAUUUAACUCUCUACUUAUUAAGGUCAUUUGUCUUAUCCUCACCUAUAAUCAAUUUACGUCUUACUAUCCUAUCAGGUCAUUUAAACUGUUAUUAUUUAUUUUCCUUUAUGCUGACGUUUUGGUUGUUUAUUGUAUUUUUGUCAAGUUGUGUAAUGUCGAAAUAUGAAAGACAUAAUGAUCAACUUACUAACAAUUCACAUUCUCGUCCUAAUCGACUGGAUCCUGUUUUAGUCCGAGAACGGUUAAAUCAAAUACCACCUGACCAGUUAUGGGAUGAAUUGUCUCGUUUAAUCAUUCAAUCAGAUAUUGAGCUAAGAUCUGGUUCAGCAGAUUCUGCAACUUCAAGUACAUUAGAAUCUGAUGCUCGUUAUCCUCACUAUCAAACUUUCAAUAAUCAAUCAAAAUGUCCAAAUGAACGUUUAUCAUCAAGUCUUAUUACAACACAAAGUAAUCAUAAAGAAAAUACAGAAGUCGUGGAAGGCUAUCGUUUAUUGCGUAGACUACGCAGACUUUAUCAUAUUCUCAGUCAACAAACUGAUCAUUUAACAUCAACUUCAAUGAAUCCAAUUGCUUCGUUUUCAUCAGCAGAUGUAUAUCAUCAAGGGAGUAGAGAAAAUAAUGAAUCGUUAAACCAUAAAACUGCAGCACAUAUGUACACUUGGAACUGUUUAAGUUCACUUGGUAAUAGUAAUGCUAGACCUCAUACCAGUGUAAAUUCUAGUCAGUGUCAUUCUCAGACAAGAAAAUCAUUUAGUAUUACCAAGCAGCUCAUAAGUAAUGUGGAUACUAAUUAUGAAGCUGAAGAUGAAUGCGAAUAUACUACUAGUGAUGAUCGUAUUUAUCCAAAAACUUCAUCUUUUACAAGAAGAAGGUAUAGAACUCAUCUUCGUCCAAAUAUAAGAAGUAAUCACUUAUCAAAUCCAAUAACCAUAUCCCCAAGUUCAAGUUCUACCUCAGAUGUGGACACUAUUGAUCAUGAGACAUGCCUAAAUAGCGGUUUUCUUCAUUCUCGUAGUGUUUCUAAACGAAGUAAUUUACUGUCCAGUAAUUCUAUGUUGUCCACUUCUUCCUCGUCAUCAUAUGUGUCGUCCAAUGAUAUAAAUUUUGCGAAUCCUUUGAACGAUUGGCCAUCAUGGGUUGUACCGUGUAAAGAAUGUGUUGUAUGUUGGCAGAAAUUCCGUUUAGGUGUACGCCUAAGUGCACUUCCAUGUGGACAUGGUUUUCAUGAACAUUGCAUUCGAAAGUGGUUAGAUACUGGUGCAUUUGAAUGUCCUGUCUGUCGGUGGCCAGCGUACGCACCGCAUUUACGGCAGCAAUGUCAAAUGAUUGAACAGUUGAUUAGUGCCGUUCAAAAUACUAUCGAUUUUGCAAAAAGUUCUAAUAACAAAAAUUAG